CAGUAUCAGGAGCAGAGUAAUCUAGCCUUUAUGCUCCUAGUCAAGGCUCAGUUUUCAAACCAUGCCUUAGAUCUGGAUGAACUUAUGCGGUAUCCCCUCAAGCCAGUGCCACAUAGCCUUGGUACCCCUGAUGGUUUUUUGUGCAAGACCAAUAAAGCUACCCUUAUGAAUGCAAUUCUACAGGAUGUGGCACCUUCAUCAUCUCCAAAUAAUGCCACAUUAUUUAUACAAGAUGGUAAUGCGUUAUUCCAUGAGCUAACAAACCUUGCUCCAACAUUUGGUGGUAUAUGUCUACAGUUAUUAGACAUAAUGGUUUCGAAAAAGGAUUUUGUCUUUUCCACCGAUAGUUACUUUCCAAACUCAAUAAAUGGAUAAGAGAGAAUGCGAAGGAGCUGCUGUCGGAAGUUUAACAUUGAUGGACCGGAAACUCGUCGUCCAGUCGAUUUUAAAGAAUUCUUAUCAAAUGAUGACAACAAGAUGCAGCUUUGUAACCUCUUACUGCGCGUAUGGGGUAGUCAAACGACAGCAUCCAGACUUGAGAGGUGCGGAACAGCAAUAGUGGUCGUUAGUGGCAGGGCAUACACAUUGCAAACAACUAACAAUGAGGUGAAGACAGAGGAAAUACACAGUUUGGCGUCAACUCAAGAGGAAACAGAUACCAGAGUGGUCCUGUAUAUGCACUAUGGUGCAAAGCUCGGAUACAAGUCUGCCAUAGUGCGAACUCCUGACUCUGACAUAUUUUUUAUAAGUCUCCACCAUGCAACAUCUGUGCCGCUGACAAUCUUUCUAGAUGUUGGUACAGGGAAACAGAGAAAGGUGCUGAACAUCAGUGAACUAUCAGAAGCUCUAGGUGUCAACUAUUGCGCGGCCCUCUUAGGUCUUCACGUUUUCACUGGAGAAGAUGUGACAAGUGCAUUUAAGGGCAAGGGAAAGAUAAUACCACUCGGAAAGUUACAAAGUUAUCCAAAAUAUCUAGAAACAUUCAGGACGUUGGGAGAUGCAUGGGUAGUGGCGGAAGAAGUGAUACAAAUGCUUGAAGCAUUUGUUUGUUUGAUAUAUGGAUUCCCAAGGGAAAAAUCUGUAAACACAUGCCGAGCACUUCUUCUAAAGAAAAUGGUUGGAGAAGACAAAGUUUUGACUGUUAAGUCUAAAGUUGACCUUUCAAGGUUACCACCUUGCCAGGACAACCUAUGUCAGCAUGUCUUCAGGACAAACUAUCGUCUUGUCAUAUUGAAGAAGGCCAACAACUCCAUUUGACGAUAAUCAAGGAUGGCUUGUAAAGGACAAUGUGUUGGAGCCAUUAUGGGCCAAGGGUCCAAUUCUGCCUUCAAGUUUAAUUGACAUUCUGGGCCAUGUGAACACAGAAUUUGAUUAGAAAGAAGAAGAUGAGGAAGAUGUUGACUUCCUCGAACUGGAAAUGACACUGUCAGAUGAGGAUUUAUCCGUAUCUGACAUUGUCGUUUCCAGUUCGAGAAAAUCAAUAUCUCUCAUCUACCCCCCCCCCCUCCCAAAAAAAACCACAUUCACGCUCUAAAGUAUGUUUUUAAUGGUACUGUUUGUGUUAAAACAAGUAUGUUUAAUUUGUAUUUGUUGGCUUCUUACCAUUGAAGUGAAAUAUUACCACAUUAUCUGUUAUUUGCUUACUAUGAGAUAUUAUAAUGCGUUACUUUUGUAUAUAAAUGAUAUGUUUUCGUGUUUUUUAACGGUAAAAAUACUAUUAUCAGUUAGAGAAAUACAUUUAAUAUUAAAAAACAUUGUGAAUGCACGUGUUAGUGUCAGAAACAAUCUUUAUACAUAAACAUAACAAGUUAAAAAAGCUAGUACGUCUCAAAAUAUAUUAACAUGCACAUUAGGAAUUUUUUCUUCAAAUUUGUUAUUUACCCCACCCACUUUGAUUGUCUUAUAUAUCAUAAUUAUUGAUAAUAUUCACAUGAAAUGUUAUAUUAUUAUAUUCCUUAGUCCCAUACGUGUACAUAAAUGUAGUUAGGGUACAAAUUGAAACAUGUCAUAAGCCAAAAAAACAUGAUUUUUGGUAGCUUUUUUCAUAAAUAUA